CCUUUCGCUUUCUUAUAGGAAUAUAGAAGUGUAUCAAUCAAGAUUUAAAAUGGUGGAAUUAAGCUGUGGGAAGAAGAUGAUGAAGUACCUGUUGUUCAUUAUCAACUUUAUAUUUUUCGUAUUGGGUGCUGCAGCUUUUGGUCUCGGAAUAUGGGCUCUAGCCGACAAAAAUAAGAUGAAUGUCUUGACCAAGAUCGGCGCAGCAAGCUCAAAUUUCGAUGUCAUAGGACUGUUGGAAUCUGCAGCCAUUGUGUUACUUGUGGGUGGGGCGUGCAUUCUGGUAAUCGGAUUCUUCGGAUGUUGCGGCGCAAUGAAACAGAGCCAGUGCUUGUUGUGCUUGUACGCCAUAUUCCUGUUGUUGAUAGUUAUUCUGGAGAUUGCAGCUAUUGCGAUUGCAGCUUCAUUCAGGGGAAAGGUUACCACGGAGGUGAAAUCGUUCCUCAAAGAGAGCAUUAACAGCACGUAUCAGGGGAAGGUGGACACGAACGAGGAAUUCUCGCUGGGCCUGGAUUACGCCCAAGUGUAUUUCCAGUGCUGUGGUAUCGACAGCUACACAGAUUUCUACGGGGCAACAAAAUGGAACAGGACAGUGAACACAUCAGUGACUAUGAAAAUCCCACCAACCUGUUGCAAACUAAAGGAAAAGGACGCAUUCCUGAAAGACCAGAGAUUUGAUCCGAUAGACCCAAAUUGUCCCUACGACCCAAACGACACCAAUUCCAAUAUGAAUAAGGCGUGUUGGACCUCUAUUGAGGACUACCUGAAAAGUCGCAUCGGAGUCGUCAUCGGCAUAGCUGCCGGCAUCUUGGUCUUGGAGAUACUGUGUAUCGUGUUUGCCUGCUGCAUCAUCAGUACCCUUCGAGCAGAGAGCGUGAAAUGAGGACGUUAGUGAAACACGAGUGAGGCCAGAUGAAUAUGGACAGAAUAGAGACCGAAUAGAGACUGAUAUUGAAGGCGAUCGUCACAAUGUGUUUACAAUGUCAUGCUUUCAUUUGAUCGCUCAUUUUUUACCAUGUUUAGCAACCUCAAUAAAAUAUUGACCGUUAUAUACUAGUAGAAGAUACACGUAUGUCAAUAUUUUAAUUUUGUCUCAGUCUUUAAAGUCUACCUUAUUAUUGUUGCUAUACCCCCACAAACGAAGUUUAGGGGGGUAUAUAGGAGUGAACUUGUAUGUCGGUCGGUCGGUCUGUCGGUCCGUAUUAAGUGUCCGCUCUCUAAUUCAAGUAGUUUUCAUCCGAUCUUCACCAAACUUGGUCAGAAGUUGUAUCUACAUGAUGUCUAGGCCAUGUUGGAACAUGGGCCUUGCCGGGUCAAAAACUAGGUCACGGGGUCACUUAGUGCGUUUUAAACAUUCAGCAUGUUGUUCGCUCUCUAAUUCAAGUAGUUUUCAUCCGAUCUUCACCAAACUUGGUCAGAAGUUGUAUCUAGAUAAUCUUAAAGCCAAGUUUGAACAUGGGUCUAGCCGAGUCAAAAACCAGGUCACAGGGUCACUUAGUGCGUUUUUUAACAUUCAGCAUGGUGUCCUCUCUCUUAUUCAAGUAGUUUUCACCCGAUCUUCACCAAACUUGGUCAGAAGUUUUAUCUAGAUGAUCUGAAGGCCAAUUUCGAACAUGGGCCAUGCCAGAUCAAAAACUAGGUCACAGGGUCACUUAGUACGUUUUACACAUUGAGCAUGUUGUCCGCUCUCUAUUUCAAGUAGUUUAAAUCCGAUCUUCACCACACUUGGUCAGAAGUUGUAACUAGAUGAUGUGUAGGUCAAGUUCGAACAUGGGCCAUGCCGGGUUAAAAACUAAUUCACGGGGUCACUUAGUGUGUUUUAAACCUCACCAUGUUGUCCGCUCUCUUAUUCAAGUAGUUUUUAUCCAAUCUUCACCAAAAUUGGUCAGAAAUUGUAUCUUGAUAAUGUAUAGGGUAAGUUUGAACAUGGGUCAUGCCGGGUCAAAAACAAGGUCACGGGGUCACUUAGUGCGUUUGAAACAUCACAAUAUUGUCCGCUCUCUAAUUCAAGUAGUUUUCAUCCAAUCUUCACCAAACUUGGUCAGAAGUUGUAUCUAGAGGAUGUCUAGGUCAAGUUUGAAUAUGGGUAUGCCGGGUCAAAAACUAGGUCACGGGGUAUCUUAGUGCGUUUUAAACCUCACCAUGUUGUCCGCCCUAUAAUUCAAGUAGUUUUCAUCCAAUCCUCACCAAACUUGGUCACAAGUUUUAUCUAAAUGAUUUCUAGAACAAAUUUGAACAUGGGCCAUUCCGGGCCUAAAACUAGGUCACGGGGUCACUUAGUGCGUUUUUUAACAUUCAGCAUGGUGUCCGCUCUCUAAUUCAAGUAGUUUACAUCCGAUCUUCACCAAACUUUGUCAGAAGUUUUAUGGAAAUGAUCUUAAGGCCAAGUUAGAACAUGGGCCUUUCUGGGUCAAAAACUAGGUCAAGGGGUCACUUAGUGCGUUUUAAAAAUUGAGCAUGGUGUCCGCUGUUUUUUGUGAAGACGACAUGCAAAAUAUUAUGUGUCAAUGAGGCAUGUGGGGGUAUUCUUCACGUCUGUGACAAAGCAAUAGUUAUACUUUGUAAUAAUAUUUUUAUACAUUUUAAUGAAACAAAAUUAGCUUGGGUACAUUCGAACAACAAUAGCUAUAUAAAAAGAUGAAUGCCUUUGUAGGGGUGAAAUAUUUAAAACAUAGAGUGCUUAUGAUUUUACAUUAUCAUUAGCUAUUUCUUAAAAGGUUUCUAUUGCAUACAUUUUAAUUAUGUUCGAUGAUCGAUUGAAAUAGUUACUUAAUGCGAACUGUUGCCUUAUUUUUAGAUAAGAGUUAUCCUUCGCUCUCAUAUUCAUAUAAACAAAUGAGAAAGUACGCGCCGCAAUGUUUUGCGAAAACCAUGACCGAUCGUUAAGCGACUAAUACAAACGACAUAGUAUGUACAAAUUAAUUAAACUCCUAAAUAGUAGUAAGACAAAGACACUAAAACAGUUAGCCAUCUAUUGUAUAACGUGUUUAAAAAAAUGAGAUAACAAUUUGUUUAUUUUCACAUGAUAUGUUUAGAAGAACUUAAGCUUAUAUUAACAAUUUAGUGUUCUAUUCUUGUUACAUGAUGUUUGUAAAUCAUGGAUGUAUCAAAUGUAGUAAUGCCUAUAUGUAUUCCAUGUCACAUUGUAACUUGUAAUUAGAACACGUUCACUCUCUCCCUGAAUUAUUAAUUGAUGUAUGUAAUUUGAUCACUGUAAUAAUUUAUAUUCACCACGUAUGUCUGUAAAAUUAUCAUGUAUUUGUAUACGACGAUAAGCUUGUUUUGCUUAAGUCAACAUAAAUAUUAUGUUCUGUUCUGUUCUGUUAAGAAUAGCCGAACAUCGGGCAGCAUGGAACGGCAUACAAUAUUUUUUGUUUCCACUAACUAGACCUACCCUUAUGUUUGUGCCGACUUUUAUGCUUUCUUUAAUUGUUGCAAUAUUCUAUAAUAUUCUUUUAUAUUCAAAAUGAACAAAAACGAAUGUUAAAUAUAAUAAUUUAAGUUGUUAAUCAUAAAAUAAGUUAUCAAAAAACAAAUGUUGUUUACUUACCUACCCGACUUUUUUGCCUAUUUAAGUGGAAAUAAAUUACCCAUUAUGUUUCGUCUAAUCUAUGUUUUUUCCUUAAGGUAGCACAUCAUUUACACAUUUAAAUAUUUAUAAAUCAUAUUUUCUAUAUUCAUCGGUCAAUAAACACCGAGUUUCGCUCUGAUGCGUAGCAAAAGCCUUCGUUGUUUUAAAUUCUUACGCAUAAAAAUUCAAAUUUCUUGUUUAUUAAAACAAAUAUUAACUAUAAAGAUCUUGUAUUUUUCUGUAUAACUUUUGAAUAUUUAUAAAUAAAUAUUCCACAAAUGUCUUACUUCUUCAUUCUGAAACCUUUAUCUGGGAGAAAGAAGACAAAGACAAUUCGUAAAAGUUUACAAAAAGUAGGGUGGAAUUCGUUGGCAGGCAUGUACAAACAUCCAAAUAUAAUGCAAUAUUUGUUUUCUGUUGUUUUUAUACUAAUAUUGUUUUUGUUUUUACAUGUCUGCGUGUUAAUUAUUAAAUCGAGGAGGCAAGAAAAUAAUAUAUUGGACUAUAUGCAAAAUAUUCAAAAUGUUCACGGUUUUACUUUUGUAUAAAUAUUUAUUAAGUUACUGGAAUUAUAUGAAAUGUGAGAGUAUAUGCUGAAACACUUCUGAUCAGCUGUUUGAAUUGUCUUUAUAAAAUGUAAAUUAUGCGAAAUAUCAAAAGGCACACUCGUCGAUAAACUUGUUUUAGAGCAUUAUUAUUUUGAAUCUAAUUAACACGUUCUUGUUACAAGUAUACAUAUGCAUUUUGUGAUUUAAGACCUUCAUGCAAGAACAUGGUGUUAUAUGAUAUGUACGAAGUAAAAACAGUCCAUAGAAGUUCUAUGUACAGAAGCUUAAUUUAGAAUCAACAAUUUUCUAAAUAAAUGAAUUGACCUAUGGUA